ACAGCACACAUUGCAUCGAAACUGCUACUGUCUAAGGUAAUUUUAGUUGGACAGUUUGAGUUGCUGUAGCAUAUGAAUGUAUUUGCUUUCCCGAUAUUGAAGAGCCUUUGCAUGGCAUGAUUGUACAUUUCGUAUCGGAGGUUUCUUUCGUUUCGACCAUUUUGCAAAAGUCCUGUCCUGCAUUUGCACGUGUCAAGUUACAGCGAGUUGAGCAAACACACUGCAGAGUGCUGCUUAGGCAAUGCGCUUUGGACUGCCUGCUACAGAAGGAUUGCAGGCUGGUGGACAUCUGAGGGCAUUCUUUGUGAUUGCGUUGCUUAGUGUGUUGAUGCUCACGCUGCUGAGGACUGUGGGAUUGAGAGCGUUCUCCAUGGCAUCCGAGACCUACACGUCGGGCACACACUCCGCUGCCUUUGUCACCUGCCCCAACGAACAGGUGGCCAAAGAUCUGGCCAGGGCCAAACUGAGCCAGGUUGAGCUGAACUGGUUACACAUCCACCAGGGCUGCUUGAACCGUGCUGGAAAGGACAAUGUCAAAAGGAAAUAUCAGAGCCGAGGGAUCGUUGAGAAGAAGCUGGCUGCUUGUGUCAACAUCGUCCCCAAAAUCACAUCUGUAUAUGAAUGGCAGGGGAAGAUCCAGGAGGAUAGUGAAGUUUUGCUGAUGAUAAAGACCAGAAGUUCUAAGGUUGCAUCUCUGGCAGAAUAUGUUAGGUCCAAUCACCCGUAUGAAGUAGCAGAGGUCAUCAGCCUACCUAUAGAGCAGGGCAACCCACCCUACCUCAAGUGGCUUGGUGACGCUGUACCAGAAUGAUGGAUGGAUGGAGAGAGGAAGGGAUAGGUGGAUGGACAGAGGGAGGCUACGAGAAAUGUAUUUGGAAUAAAAAAAAUCUGCAGAAA